AUGGAUAUUAAUCAGUUUGGCGGCAUUGUGACGGUGCUAUCACUGCUUAUAAUCACUUCCAAUGGCCUGGUCAUAGUGGUGCUGGCCCUGAUGAUUUCAAAGAACAGAUCUGCCAGCUUGUACUUCAUCCUGAACCUGGCAAUUGCAGACAUGCUUGUGGGAUUCACCCUCUUCGGAACUGCAGCGAUAGUGCUCAGCAGACAGAGCUUUGCUACCACCAGGACUUUGUGUAUAUUGCGGAUUUCGCUUUUAAUGUCACCAUCUUCUGCCUCAAUCCUAACAAUGGUCUCUGUGGCUUUUGACCGUUUUCUAGCCAUAAAAGUACCCUUACGGUACUGCCAACUGAUGACGUACAAAAUGGUGGCUGGGAUCAUUGGAGGACUCUGGAGCAUAGCACUUUUAAUUGGAUUCCUCCCAGGAAUCAUUAAACAGCCAAAACUUAAUCAAUAUAAUAACAACUGCACCCUAUUCUCUGUUGUCCAUCCCAACUACAUUAUCGCUGUGUUUUGUGCUUGCUUUGUUCCUGCUUCAUUAGCCUUCAUCUACUUCUACAGUGUAAUCCUCAAGAUAGCAUAUUCUCACACACAGCAAAUCCUAGAGAGUGAGCAAGUAGGCUCCGUCUCCAGCCUAGCUAAUCCACCAUGCUGCCACAUCUGAGACGUCAAGCCAGUGAGGACCAUUGGGAUUCUUGUUGGAUGCUUCAUGGUUGCAUGGGCUCCAUUCUUCAUUGCAAGUAUCGUGCAAGCAUGCUGCAUCACCUGUGAAUUGCAUAUUCUCAUUGAAGACUACCUCUCUCUUCUUGCCCUUUCCAAUUCCCUGAUGAAUCCACUGAUUUAUUCCUACUGGCAAAAGGAUGUGAGAAUGCAAGUUUGUCAGAUGUGCUGCCGUGCCAAGUUCAGAGUCGCACAAGUUCUUAGCUUCUGUUGUCAGCGGAAAGCAGGCGACAUGCAGAAUCCUGGUACAGAGAGAGGGGGCGACGAUCAAAUACCUGGGCCCUGUACUGCAAUCGGAUUGGCUAGUUAUUCAACAACAACAAGUACAUCUAAAGGUAUGUGA